AUGUUGUUUAGGGUUUGUUCUGAUAAUAGGUUGUUUCCAGAGGCGGUUAGGGUUUUUGAUUAUGUGGAGGAAAAGGGGUUCGUGAUAGAGGAGAGGUCUUGUUUUGUGCUUUUGUUUGCUUUGAAGAGAUGUGGUGAGAUUGAGUUGUGUCUUAGAUUCUUCCGCCGGAUGGUUGAGUCUAAUGGAAUUGAAAUUAGGGUUCAGUCUUUGACACUUGUGAUUGAUGGCUUGUGUAAGAGAGGAGAGGUUGAGAAAGCUAAGGAGUUAAUGGAUGAGAUGGUCACUAAAAGCAUUGUGAAACCGACUGUGUUUACUUACAAUACGUUGUUGAAUGCGUAUGUUGGAAGAAAGGAUCGAAGUGGAGUUGGUGAGAUACUGAGGUUGAUGGAGAAGGAGCCGGUUGUUUUUAGUGUGGCGACUUAUAGUAUUUUGAUUCAGUGGUAUUCUAGUUCUGGUGAUAUUGGGGAAGUGGAGAAGAUAUUCGAGGAAAUGCAUGAAAGAAAAAUAGAAAUUGAUGUUUAUGUUUAUUCGUCCAUGAUAAGUUGGAAUUGUAGGUUGGGAAAUAUGAAAAGGGCAUUUGCGUUGUUUGAUGAGAUGGCUCAGAGAAAUGUUGCUCCUAAUGCACAUACUUACAGCGCGUUGAUUGGUGGUGUGUGUAAGGCUGGUCAAAUGGAAGCUGCGGAAAUCUUGUUGGAAGAGAUGCAAAGUAAGGGAAUUGACCUAAAUAUGAUAAUAUUUAACACGAUGAUAGAUGGCUACUGCAAAAGAGGAAUGAUGGAUGAAGCUUUGAGGCUGCAAACGAUCAUGGAAAGGAAAGGAUUCAAUGCAGAUGUGUUUACAUUCAACAUUCUUGCAAAUGGGCUAUGUAAAUUGCAUAGGUAUGACGAAGCCAAGUGUACUUUAAAUUCAAUGGUAGAGAAAGGAGUGGAACCAAAUGUUGUGACUUUCACUAUGUUUAUCGAGAUAUAUUGCAAGGAAGGAAACCUUGCUGAAGCUGAGAGGUUCUUUAGGGAUAUGGAGAAAAAGGGAGAAGUGCCUAAUAUUGUUACAUAUAACACUCUCAUUGAUGUGUAUUGCAAGAAAGAAAAAGUGAAGCUAGCACAUUUGACAAAAUCUGAAAUGAUAAACAAGGGGUUAUUGCCAGAUGUGUAUACAUACACAUCGCUAAUACACGGGGAAUGUAUUGUUGGCAGGGUAGACGAGGCGCUUAAAAUUUUCGAUGAGAUGAGGUCAAAGGGGAUAACUGGAAAUGUCGCAACGUAUACAUCACUUAUUUCAGGUUUAUCCAAGGAGGGGAGAGCAGAUGAAGCAUUUAAGUUGUAUGAUGAGAUGAUAAAAAUGGGCCUAAUACCUGAUGAUAGAGUUUUUUCCGCACUUGUUGGUAGUCUUCACAAACCUCUCACUCAUGCUGGUCUAAAACAAAAUGAGUAUGAGGAUCUGAAGUAG